UUAUUUCAUAUGUUUAGAGCACCAAAAAUGAAGCUCCCUUUUUCCAUUUCUUUCAUUCUCUUCUCAUUUCUUGUUUGGGGCAAUGAUGCUUCAUCAAAAAGAUCAACUUACAUUAUCCACAUGGAUAAAUCCUCCAUGCCCAAGGCAUUUUCAAGUCACCACUCUUGGUAUCAUUCCCUUGUCAAAUCCGCCUCAUCAGCAGCUCCGUCUGGAGCUGUUGAUGAAUCGGGGGCGAAGCUCAUCUACACCUACGACCACGCCUUCCAAGGAUUCAGCGCCGUAAUGUCGAGCGACGAAUUGCUGGCUGUAAAGAAGUCGGACGGCUUUGUCUCCGCCUCCCUCAGCAGAUCCGUCACCCACGACACCACGCAUUCCACCAAGUUCCUCGGCCUCAACACCGUAACCGGGCUCUGGCCGGCUUCCCAAUACGGAAAGGACGUGAUCAUAGGCAUCAUCGAUAGCGGCAUCUGGCCAGAGAGCCCCAGCUUCAACGACGACGGGAUGACUGAUAUCCCGUCGUCGUGGAAGGGCACCUGCCAGACAGGCCCGGAUUUCAAUUCUUCCCUAUGCAACAAGAAACUCAUUGGAGCCAGAUUCUUCGAUGCCGCAGCUCGAGAAGCUGGCUCAGAGUUCUAUACCUCAGCCAGGGACAACAGCGGCCACGGCACCCACGUCGCGUCCACGGCCGCUGGUAACUUCGUGAACAACGUAUCCUUCUUCGGAUACGCCCCUGGAACUGCCAGGGGAGUUGCUCCGCGAGCUAGGCUCGCGGCCUACAAGACCGGAAGCUAUGAGGCCGACACGCUAGCGGCCAUCGACCAGGCAGUCGCUGACGGAGUCCAUAUAAUAUCCAUAUCCUUACGAUACGAAUCAGCUGAUCUGUUUCGGAAUACCAUCGCAGCUGCUACCUUCGGCGCCAGAGCAAAAGGGAUCAUUGUUUGUAAAUCUGCCGGAAACAGCGGUCCCAGCCUUGCCACGAUGGAAGCAGGGAUCCCCUGGGAGAUCGUCGUGGCGUCUGGGACCAUUGACCGAUGGUUUGCCGGUACGAUCACGCUCGGAAACGGCAAAACCAUCACAGGAUGGACCAUGUUUCCUGCCAGGGCAAACGUGAUCAACUUGCCUCUCGAUUACAACGAGACUGUCUCCGCCUGCGACUCCAGCGAACUGCUGUCGCAGUCGUUUAUAACCCGAAUCGUCGUCUGUAACAUUACAGACGAAGCCAUCAGUUUCGAUUCCCUAAUGGGGAAUCUAGUGGGUUCCAACGCGGCCGCAGCCGUAAUAAUUUCAGAAGAUACAAGCAUACUCAGAUCAAAUUUGUUCCGUUUCCCUGGGGCUGUGAUCACCCCAGCGGAAGCAGUGAAUUUGAUCGAGUAUGCGACAACUAGUGUGUCCCCAACGGCCACCAUAUCGUUCCAGGAAACGAUAAUCGGGCCAGAGCCCCGGGUAGCUCCAGCCUUGUCUGGAUCAUCAUCCAGAGGGCCGGCCCAGAGCUACCAGGAGAUCUUAAAGCCCGACAUCAUGGCGCCAGGAGUGCUAAUUCUAGCAGCAUACAGCCCAGUCCAGCUCGGCCCACAAAUCGGUAACAUAUUCCUGUCGAGCGACUACUCUCUAGAGUCCGGCACAUCAAUGGCGACCCCACACAUAGCUGGGGUCGCGGCCCUUCUGAAGGCCGCGCACCCAGAGUGGAGCCCUGCGGCUAUACAAUCCGCGAUGAUGACAACCGCCAAUCAUCUCGACAGCACGAACCAGCCGAUCAAGGAUCAGGCGUUCAGCUCUUACAGAGUUGCUUCCCCGCUGGGGAUCGGGUCGGGGCAGGUAGACCCGAACAGGGCGCUUGAUCCCGGCCUUGUAUACGACGCGACGCCUCUGGAUCUCGCGAACCUCGUCUGCUCGAUGAACUACACCCGGGAGCAGGUGCGGGCGAUCAUAAGGUCGAGCUACAACUGCUCGGGGGCGAAUUCGGAUCUGAACUACCCUUCGUUCAUCGGGCUGUUUAACUUCGACCAGAGAGGGCUGACGCUCACCCGAACGUUCAAGCGGACCGUGACGAAUGUGGGGAGCGGGGCCGCCACGUAUAGAAUGAAACUGGAGAAACCGGAGAAUGCGACGGUGACGGUGACGCCGCAGACUCUGGUUUUUCGGAAGAAAUAUGAGAAGCAGAGCUAUACGUUGAGGAUGCGCUAUACGGGAGAUAUUGAUUCGACGUUCAGACAGGGAUCGCUGACGUGGAUUGAGAAGUCCGGCAAGUACGUGGUAAGAAGUCCGAUUGUGAUCGCCGGCGGAGUUGAUAAUUAUGGCUAGUUUUUAUUUUGAUGCUGUUUAGAGUAGUAAUGAAUAAUGGGUGUAAGAAAAUGUGAAAACAAGUGAUAAUAUUGAGGCUGAUAUGCCCUUCUUUCCUGCCA